GGUGUGGGGCUGGAAUCGGCUUCCUGUUCGAGCAAGGUUUGGGCACGUGUAUUACUUCCUCCGGCUCCUGCGACUCCCCCUGUCCCGUUGAUCUUGUCUGUGGUACUCCGUGCAGGCCUAAGGAUGAAGGCGAGAAGAAAUAAAAAGCAGGUCCCAAGCUUUCGCAAGUUGAUCAAAACCAGUAAAGUGAAACUUGAAAACAAACUAAAAAACAAGCAAUUUAAACAACAAAGUACUAUCAAGAAGUACCGAAAGGAGCAGAGGAAACUAAGGCAAGCUGUAAAAGAUGCUGUGUCUAAAAAACCCAUCCCAUUGGAGGACCCAAAGAGCAAACGACCAGUUAAAAGGAUGGAGAGGGAAGAGGAGGAGGAAGAAGAAGCCCUUCCUUUAGAUAUGAUGGAUGAGGAUGACUUACAGCUGAUGAAAGAUUUAGGACAAAAAGCAUCUUUUCUCACAAGAGAUCUUUCUUCUAGUGAGCCAGUUCAUAUCAAGAAACGAAAGCAUGAGAGUGUGAUAGAUAAAUAUGAAAAAAUGCCAAGAACUCUGCAAACUGCACCAGAGAAGGAGUUGAUUCAUUUGCUUCCUAUCAAGGAUAAAAGUGGUAUAAUCCCACAGACUAGGGAGAAGCCAGUAGUCCCGGACAUCCAGCAAGAAGAAGAGGAUGAAGAAGAGCUACAAGUUGAGGAAGAGGUUAUUGAAAAUCCCAGUCAAGAGCUCACAUUAGAAGAACACUUAAUUGAGAGAAAGAAGAAACUACAGGAAAAGAAAAUACAGAUUGCAGCCUUGGCAUCUGCUGUACUAUCAGAUCCAGAGAGUAAUAUUAAAAAACUGAAAGAGUUGCGUUCCAUGCUGAUGGAACAGGACCCUGAUGUGGCUGUCACUGUCCGGAAGUUGGUGAUCAUUUCGCUGAUGGAGCUAUUUAAGGACAUCACUCCCUCAUAUAAAAUUCGGCCCCUAACUGAAGCAGAAAAAUCUACUAAGAUUCGUAAAGAAACCCAGAAGUUAAGAGAAUUUGAAGAAGGCCUGGUUAGCCAAUACAAGUUUUAUUUGGAAAAUCUGGAACAAAUGGUUAAAGACUGGAAGCAAAGGAAGCUGAAGAAGAGCAACGUGGUGUCCUUGAAGGCCUACAAAGGGCUGGCUGAGGUGGCUGUGAAGAGCCUGUGUGAGCUGUUGGUGGCCCUGCCCCAUUUUAACUUCCACAACAACAUCAUUGUACUCAUUGUCCCUUUGAUGAACGAUGGGUCCAAAUUGAUAUCUGAAAUGUGUUGUGAAGCAGUAAAGAAACUCUUUAAACAAGAUAAAUUAGGCCAAGCUUCUCUUGGUGUAAUUAAAGUGAUUUCUGGUUUUGUAAAGGGCAGAAAUUAUGAAGUUAGGCCGGAGAUGUUAAAAACAUUUUUAUGCUUGCGAAUCAAGGAAGUAGAAGUGAAAAAAGAUACAGAGGACAUUAACAAGCCAAAGAAAUUCAUGACUUUCAAGGAAAAGAGAAAAACUCUAUCAAGAAUGCAAAGAAAGUGGAAGAAAGCAGAGGAGAAACUGGAGCGGGAACUUCGGGAGGCUGAAGCUUCGGAGAGCACGGAGAGAAAGCUGAAGUUGCACACAGAAACUCUGAAUAUUGUGUUUGUGACCUACUUCAGAAUAUUGAAGAAGGCCCAGAGGUCACCUCUUCUGCCAGCGGUUCUAGAAGGUCUUGCCAAGUUUGCACAUCUUAUAAAUGUGGAGUUUUUUGAUGAUUUGUUAGUGGUUCUUCAUACCCUCAUUGAGUCUGGUGACCUAAGUUAUCAAGAAAGUCUUCAUUGUGUUCAAACUGCUUUUCAUAUUCUUUCUGGACAAGGUGAUGUUCUAAAUAUUGACCCGAUGAAAUUCUAUACACAUCUCUACAAAACACUGUUUAAAUUGCACGCAGGUGCUACCAACGAUGGUAUUGAGAUUGUACUCCACUGCCUUGAUGUCAUGCUAAGCAAGCGCAGAAAGCAGGUUUCUCAUCAGCGAGCUCUUGCCUUCAUCAAGCGCCUUUGUACGCUUGCUCUGCAGGUUCUUCCAAAUGCAAGCAUUGGCCUUUUAGCAACUACCAGAAUAUUGAUGCAUACUUUUCCCAGAACAGAUCUGUUGCUUGAUAAUGAGUCUCAGGGCAGUGGAGUUUUCCUGCCUGAGCUGGAGGAGCCAGAGUACUGCAAUGCCCAGAACACGGCGCUGUGGGAGCUGCACACACUGCGGAGACAUUACCAUCCUGUAGUGAAAAGAUUUGCAACUCACCUACUUGCUGGGGCACCAUCUGAAGGUUCUGAGGCCCUCAAGCCUGAGCUGAGCCGAAGAUCUGCAGUUGAACUUUUUGAGACUUAUAGUAUGGCAGCAAUGACAUUCAACCCUCCUGUUGAAUCUUCAAACUCCAAAAAGAAGGAUAAAUUUUUACAAGGGGACUCAUUUUUGAAUGAAGAUUUAAAUCAACUAAUCAAAAGAUACUGCAGUGAAGUUGCUACUGAGAUACCACUGGAUUUCACAAAAUGUUUGAAAACAUCUUUACAGUAGAAUAAAGGUGAAGAGUCAGUGACUGUCUUAUAUAAUCGUAUGUGCAUGUGCAGAGACACAUACAGAUACAUGAGGGCCUUCUUCACGUACAGGAACACUUCCUAAGAAUGACUAUAUGAGGACUGAAGCAGAGGCCACAGAAGACACUGCUUAUUGCUUUGCUUUUUAUGGCUUACUCAGCUUGCUUUCUCAUACAGCUCAGGCAAACUUGCCCAGGAAUGGCACUGCCCACUGGUGGUGGGCUGGGCCCUACCACAUCAGUCGUUAAUUCUAUAAAUGCCCUACAGACAUGCCCACAGGCAAGUCUGAUGGAGGCAAUUCUUCAUUCAGUUGAGGUUCCCUCUUCACAGGUGACUUUAGUGUAUGUCAAGUUGACAAAAACCAAGCAAGAGAGUUAUUAAAUCCCCUUUAUAAGUAUAUAAAUAUUGUUAUUGCAGCAGCAUAGAUGAAAGCAGAUAAUAGAUUUUGUAAAGAUUUUUUAAAAAUAGCUUAAAAUUAGAUUCUUGUUCAUUGGCUCUUGUUGAAUGAUACACAUAAGGAAUAACUAAAUCUGACCUUUGGAAGGAAUGAGUAUUGCCAGGGGUGUGGGGGAUGUAUGGGCGCACUCCUUUAAUCCCAGCACUCAGGAGACAGAGGCAGACAGUUCUCUGUGAGAUCAAGGCCAGUCUGAUCUACAGAGUGAGUUCCAGGAUGGCCAGGCCAGGGGCUGUUACACCAAGAAAUCCCGUCUCAAAGAAACCAAAAAAAAAAAAAAAAAAAAAAAAAAAAAGGAAUGAGUGCUCUUAUGGCUAGUUUCAAAGGAAGUUUGAAUGAGAUUCUAGAAUCCUGGAAGUUGUGUUUAUUAUUUUACGUGAGAGUGAUAGGGGAAAUUUGAAUGAGAUUCUAGAAUCCUGGAAGUUGUGUUUAUUAUUUUACGUGAGAGUGAUGGGGAAAUUGCUCAGGAGGAUGAAAGCAGAGCCGAGAUUUCCACUGUGCUCUAGGGAUAUUGGUUCCUGACAAGCCAGGAAAGUGUUUUCCUUUUAAAUUCUUACAGAUAAA